ACUUGAAGUCUAUAAUGCUGGAAUACUCAGACCUGAGUGCACCAAAGAAAGCCAAGGGAUUCCAUAAGCUGACACUGAAUGAGGUUCAGAAAUCAGGUCAGGGACAUCACAAGGUCAGCAUGGCCAGCUUUCAUGAGAGUGACCAUGCCAGGAGCUGGAGACAAAACACCCCAGACCUUGAGGGCUUGUUUCAGUUGCCAGUGACACCCAGACUACUGCCAGCACCCAUGGGGACACUGGGUCCAGAUGUCCAUCAGCACACGCCCCAGCAGGUCCUGGCUGCCGGCCAACAACCCACGAACAUGGCUGUUUUCUCUCCAGGGACUACAGUACUCCUGGCCCCUCCAGCCUACAACGAUGUGAUAAGUGGCAUGCCUGCAACACUCACUGACACAGCCGGCAACCCUGGCACACCCAUCACUCACACCCCUGUAGGUCUUGGCACACCUGCCACUCACUCUGUACCACCGGACCAUGUCAGUAAACGACCGCUGCAGCUCCCAGACUGGUGCUGUCAUGGGGAGGAUCAAGUACCGCCUGUGUACAAAUUAGUGUUUGAGGCUUCCCUCAUAGACGGGAAGAUCUCCACGGAACACCUCUACCGAAUCCUGCUGUUGAGUGGACUGGCUCGGGAGAAGUUGGCUCAGAUUUGGUCGCUGUGUAACACGGCCACCCCAGGUCAGCUGACCAGGAAUGAGCUGUGGAUGGUACUGGCUCUGAUCGCUCUCACACAGAACAACUAUGGCACAAACUCUCUGGACAUCCUAGCCAGGUGCCCUGUAGCUCCGGUACCCUUCUUUGCACAAAUGCAAGACACCAGCGCCCCUGCCACACUGCCCACCACCCCACACCAACACCAGGCUCACUCCAACCACCAGCCUUCCCUCAGCUCGAGCACCUCCCAUGACCCAGCUCAUGAUGCCUUCUCCAGCACCACUCCACACCUGCCGCAGCCACUGCACAGAAUCCAACAUCCCAAAGCAUCCACUCACAGGACAUCGCUAGCACCACUGGGUGCCUCCAACCCCAGGAGUGUGAUGGCAGGGGAAGAUGAUGAUUUUGCUGACUUUCAGGCAGCAUCUCCUGCUUCUAGAACAACCCCAGUGUCUGUUGGCAAAGAUGAAGAUUAUGGAGAAUUUAUUGGCGGUGGAGGAGUGGGAAAUGCUUCUUCUAGCUUGUCAUAUCCAACGUGCAACCAUGUGGGGAACGGCUCUGUGCUCAUGGGAACUGCCCAACAUCAGCAGCAGCACCAGGAGCAGCAGGAGGCACAGCAGCAGCAGCCAGCCUCGUUAGCCCUGACCUCACUUCCUGUAGAUGAUAAAUAUGGAACAAAUGUGCGCUCAUUUUUCUGUAGCAGCGAUUCCUCUACAGGUCACACGUCCCCAAGCUUUGAGGAUGAUGACUUCACUGAUGGCAGGGAUAGUCUCAGUCAGCUGUCCACGUCGGAGCAGUCAGAAAACGAAGACAUUCGCAACUUUGAGAACUAUGUAGAGGAGUACAACCAACAGAAAGAGAAGCCCAGUGCUAGCCCACUUCACUGCCCAUUCCCAGCCCUUCAGCAGAGUGAAGCAGUCUUGGCAGUCAAGAAGCUGGAAACCUUGCCAGGGCAGUCACCAAUCUCAGGCCCAACACCUGUAGCUAUUGCCAGGAGUUCUGCUCCAGAUGGGCGCAUAUCCAGACUGGAUUUUGGGGCUGUGCCACCAAACCGGUCACAGGAACAUAGUCGGAAGCACACAGGUGUAGGUUCACAUCCACUCAGUGAAUCUGAGCAUGCUGGCAGGCUGCCACCAACACCUUUGAAGGUGACUUUUCCACCAUCGGCCAGAGUCAGUCGGGAACAAGAUCAGAGCGAGUUUGAUGACUUCAAGAUGGCCACAGUCAAGUCGCCUGUAGACCUGCCACCUCCUGGCGAUGCGCCCCUUAUCGGAGAUGAGGACAAAUACAGUGCAUUGAGAGUACUCAACCUUGACAUUGACAUUGCUGCAGCUUCUUUGUUUGAAGGUCAGGGUCAGACCUCAGAACAUUCUAGUAAAGAUAGUGCCAGCAGACAGGAGGUGACAGCUGAGCUGGCACGUGACGAUGAUGGCUGGGCAGAUUUCUCUGCGGCACCUGAGGACACUUCAGCCUCGACUGCUGCACCAGGAAAAGAAACGAGCGUGCAGCAGACCUUACCAUCAGGUUCUGCAUUUGGUAGCAAAGUCCAUAAUUCCACUCCUGCACUUGUAAAACAGUGGGAUAUGAACCCAUCAGGGCCUGGGAGGGAUCAGAUACCGCUGCAGGGACAGACUUUGGACAGUCUAGAAGUAGGCUGGGAUAAACAUCAGCUAGGAGACUGGGAGGUCACAGCCAGUGAGAUUGCUGUCGGCUGCCAUCAGGAUGCUGUAGGACAACCACCGGGCAGUCCUAACAACAGCAGCAUUAAUCAGGUCAGCCCCUCAGGUCUCCCCGUCACUGCUGGCUUCCCCAAGAGCUCAUCUGUAGCUGCUUCGGUUCGCAUUGACCUGGAUCAGAUGUUGGCUGGGGAUGAGGGCUGGGGACAGUUUUCACAGACCGCAUCAUCGCUGGCCUCUGGCACAUCGGCCGGCGCGUUCUCCCAGAAUACAAGAGGUGGUGACGCAAGUGACCACAAAGAUUUACCCUCUGUAGAUGGUCACAGUACUGGUGACGACGACUGGUGCGAUUUCAGCGGUGCCGAUUCUGGAGGCAUCUCGGCCAAGGUCGGCACUGCUGUGGCAGGAACUGAUGUAACAGAAAAUGUUGACAGCAGAGGCAAGUUUGUUACCAUCAAGAAGCAGAACCUGGGCACCAGUGAGAUUAUGGGUCUGUUCAAGGUCAGAGAUGAUCCAGCAAUAUUGUCCACUUACCAGCUACCACAGCAGCAGCAGCAGCAACAUCAUCACCACCACCAACACAGCAGCAAGACUGCUGCCAGUCACGGACAUGGUAGUGUUCGCACUGGCGGCUCAAACCAUGGACACCGCAGAUCUUCAGACUUUGAUGAUGACCUAGGUCCACCUCCCAUGGACUUUGGGCACGAUGAUGACUAUGAUGACCUUGCCUUCUCCAGAGGGUACGACCUGGAUGACUUCAUGCAGCCUCCCCCUCCAGCAACAACCUACAGCCCAUUUGGGGUCAGCCACACAAGCCCGCUGUACUCUCGGGCUGGGGGUCUCAGUAAAUUAAAAGACAACAAGGAAGACAGUGGGUCAGUUCACAGCCUUGACCUGCCAUCUGUGCGACCUACGAACCCCUCUAGCAGUGACAGCCAGUCAGUUUCCAGCGCAGACCUGGUCACUGGAGAGAUGACCGGUGCUGGUGUGGUCAGUGCCGAGUCCAAGUCAGUGGACAGUCUGGACUUGAAGUCAGACUCGGCCGAUGUGGAUGUUGGCGAUGGUGGCAGUCGAGCAGGUGCUCCGGUGUCUGAGCAAGCCUCUAGCAAGCCCCACCAGCCCAUCCAGCCCCAGGAACUGUUGGCAACCAUGCCAGAUUUUGCUGACAGGUACAACAUCGAGAGAGAAGCUCAGGGCAGUGAUCGCUAUGGUUAUGAGUGGGAGCGUUGCCUGGCUAACUGUCUGAAGGUGAUUUCUGAAGCAAACUGCCUGUUCAAUACCAUCAACAGUUCAUCUGUGUGUAAUGAGAUUCUCAAGUCAUCGCAGGGCUGUGACUAUAUGACCUGUGUUGUGGAAAUAUACCGGGUUGUGUGCAGAGUUCUUACCUCCAUGAGGGUUACAGCUAUAUCUACCAAAGAGCUAGAGCAGACGCUAAAGCACAUCCACCUGGCCUGGAACAAUUUGACUGCCUUCCUUGUGGGAACUUCCUUACUGCCGGACGAGACAUCGCUGACCUUCAGCAACUGUGUGCUCAAGUCAGACUGGGAAGAUGCCCAGCACCUGGCCUGUGGUCUGUGUCUGCUGAAUGUUGACGCCAGACCUCCCCCAGCCCCUGCGGGGCCUCACCCUGGGAGCAUGCUAGUCACCAACAGCUGUAAGCUGACCUAUGCUGGGCGCCAGUACCACGCCACCUGUGCCAACUUCUGGGUCAACUGUGUGGACCAGACCCUGCCUUCGUUAACCUUGCCUGACCUUUUAUAA